ACAGCCAGGUCUCUAGUUCCUACGUAAGAAGAUGAAGAGGAAGAAGAUUCGGCGGUUAAAAAUAAACAACAUUACGAAGUUCCUCCAUUAUUUCGCUUAAUUCCGCGGAGCUGCGGGAUGUCAUUCGAUCACAAAGUGACCUGAGAGGGCAAGGUAAAAAAAAAAAAAAAUGACCGAAAAGGGAAGAGUCCAUAGCAAUUACUUCGUUCUGACCUACCCAGGCAUUACAGUCUUCAUCGGUUUAGGAUUGCUGUUUAUGUUCAUCUCAUGGCAGUGGCCAGAAUGGUACCUCCUAGCUUAUGUACCCAAUCUGGGACCCUUCCUCUCUUGGCUCGGCAAGGAGCAUAAUUUAGCCGUAAAGUUGAUCUUUGUUCCUGUGAUGUCAAUCCACAUUAUUGAGGUGUUCUUUGCCGUUUAUUAUUGCUACAAGCUUGGACUGACACCCCUGACGACUCUGAAGUGGACCUCCCAAAUAUUUGUCGUUGGUAUUAUAUCUCUCAGCUAUCUUAUCUGGCCUUUGCCGGAGAGAACGACAUCUGUCAAAUUUAAAAAAUAAGGUACCUACAAGAAUCAGCAACGCACCGAUCCCAAUCAGAGUCCCACAUAUUGCAUCUACUAUCGUGAAUGGAGAAUAGAGAGCUUUGCGAACACUGCUUGCAGUAUCUUCAUCAAUCUGCGCGCUCUGUUUCAAG